AUGCCCCCGCACUACACCUGGAUCGUGGACGCCGACGACGACGACGAAGACUACUUUCCCUCAGAGGGCGACUAUCUCGAACACGAAGACGACGAUGACCAUUCUGAAGGCGUCAGCCGUGCAAGGCUCGAGUGGGGAGACGAUCCCAUGGACGAUGAUUCUCAAGACGAGGCCGAGUUGGGGUUUGCAGACUUGCUGCACUAUGCCCAAGCAGUAGCGGAUGGGACUGCGCCGAUCCAACUGUCCUCGGGCGCAUUGCCAGCGGCGUUACUGCAGCGCUUAGGAUCGAGGGCCGCGGCGCAUACGCAAGAUGGCUGGGCGUCGAAAGCGAAGGGGAGGCAGGUGGAGGCUGAUCCGAAGGGGGUGGAGUUGUUGAGGAGUGGAGAGUUUGGGAGAGUUGGGGGGUGGAGAGCGGGUGGGACUGGGAAGGGUGGGAGGAAGAGGCCGAGGGAUUGGAAUAAGACUGUCACGGGGUGGUCGCCUCCUAGGUCAGAGACGGGACAUAACCUCGUACCAAACGACCCUGGAACUAUCGUAGCGCGAUACCCCGCCGUACCCUACGUCGGACAAUACGCCGGCGAAGAUUACUCCAUCUUUUAUACUGCCACGCAGUACUUUACACUCCACUUGUAUUCUACCACCGCCAACAUCCAUAACGGCUCCAUCACCCGUCCCCGUCCCCCUCGUUCUUCCCCUGCCGCCGCCCCAUUUCGCACUUCUCAAUUGCCUUCCUCUCCCGGCGCCAAUACCGAAGACGAAUACUCCGAAGAAGAAGAAGAAGAAGAAGAAGAAGACGAAGAAGACGAAGAAGAUUUCAUCCGAGAACAGAUAUUUGGCGGGCGACGCAACUCGAACGAAGAGUCGAGUAUGAAGAGUAUCAAGCGGGUACAGGGGGUGCAGGGCAAUUGGACGGUAACGGAUUGUGACGUCGAUAAGAAGGGGCAAAAUAUGAUAUACUCGUCAAUCACGCCUUAUGUGCAUAUGCUAAGGACGGACGAGUUUGAUACAGAGCAUAUAGAGUUGGACUUUAAUAGCCCGGGGGAACGGCACCGCUACUAUGGGCACGGGAUCUGGAGUAUCAGGUUCUCAGCGGAUGGGCAGGAGAUCGUAGCGGGCGCGUCGGAGGGGAAUAUCAUGGUUUAUGAUAUCGAAGCUCAGAGGCGGACUUUGUGUGUACAAGGUCAUAUCGACGACGUCAACGCAGUCUGCUUCGCCGACCAAUCCUCAACAAACAUCCUCGUCUCCGGCUCCGACGACGCCUACCUCAAAAUCUGGGACCGCCGUUCCCUCUCCUCCAACAUCCCCUCCGGCGUCCUUCCCGGCGCCACCGAGGGGAUAACGUAUGUGUCGGCAAAGGGGGAUGGGAGGUAUGUGGUGGCGAACAGUAAGGAUCAGGCGGCGAGGUUGUUUGAUUUGAGGAUGAUGCGGAAUUGGGGAGAGUUUGGGGGGGAGGAGGAUGCUGCGGGCAAGUAUGGGGCGAGGGGGUUUGAUUACCGCCAAAUGCAUUACCCCCGCCCCGAACCGCGCUCCCACCCAAAAGACUGCUCCGUCAUGACAUUCACCGGCCACUCCGUCCUCCGCACCCUCAUCCGCUGCCAUUUCUCGCCCGUGGAGUCGACUGGGCAGAGUUAUAUCUAUUCGGGGAGUUCGGAUGGGAGGAUACAUAUCUGGAGUCUUGACGGCAGAGUGGCCCAAGUCCUCGACCGCUCUCAGUCUACUCCCCUUCACCCCACCUCCUCCUCCUCCACAUUCUCCGACCCCUCCGCCCCCUUCCCCCCUCUCCCCGCCCAAUCAACCUCAAUGUCCCACCGCUCCCACACAGUCCGCGACGUCGCAUGGCACGGCUUCGAACCCACCCUUAUGUCUACCUGCUGGGACAUGGAUGGCGGGUACCGCCGGGGCGGGAGCGUGGCGAAGCACGAGUGGAAAGGGAUGGGGAAGGGGAGGGGGAGUGUGGAGGAUUGGAGGGUGAGGAGGGAGGAGGAGGGCGAGGAAGGGGAAAGGGAGAGGGAGAGGGAGGGGAGGAGGGAGAUGAGAGGGUUGAGGAGGUUGUAUGCUUAG